AUGGCUAAAAGGAUUGUGAUAAAUAACCCGGAUCAAGAGGCUGCACAACGAUUAUACUUAAGAAAGAGAUUAGGAUCAGAGAACCUUAUAGCAGUAGUCUUCACUAUUGUUAGUACCACUUCACAGUCCUGGACUGAAAAACUCUCUGAACUAACAGAGGUGGUCUGUGGUUCCCUAGUAAGAUGCAGCACCACCUCUGGGCUGGAGGAUGAUGCACAGAUUUCCUUCCCCUCAAAGAAUUUCUCUGAGGAGGCAUUAGAGGAAGACACUGUGGUUCUCACAUUGGUUCCAGUUAAUGAAGAAACUAAUGAAGAACAUCAGGUGGAACCAAGUGUUUCUUCAACUUCAGAAGUUGGCCUGGAGAUGCCUGGGACAAACGAUAAAGUUUGUCAUCUUCAAAUGAAUGAACAAUUCAAGUCUUGUCCAAAACAUAGUUGUUGUAAUACACCAAUCCUUCCCUUGCCAACCAGUUUGCCUCCGGUUAAUAAAGUACGUUGGGACACUUUGCGAAACUGGUGCCAACAAUUUAAUUUGAGUACCGAUGGCCGGAAAAUAGAUGUUUAUUUGAGGCUCCAGAAACAUGCUUACUCUGAAAUAAACGAGAAUAUUCCUAAAAUAUCACCAGAGGCCAAAUUGCAGUCAUGUUCCACAAAAUGCAAGAUGGCAACCAAGAGAGCAAGGAUUCGGAAACGUAAGAAGAGUGAAAGAGAGGAAGGGAUUAAUAUAGUUGAAGUGAUAACUUCAGCACAAGAAGGCAUGUUGGCAGCGUGGUCAAGAAUUGCUGCAAGAGCCAGUCAAUCCAAGUCUGUGAAUUCACGUCCCAUUCCUGUUUCCGUUGAGACUUUUCUGCUGCAAGCCUCUGGUGUCAGGUGGUGUGUGGUCCAUGGCAGACCUCUCUUGGCAGACACAAAAGGUUGGGUUCGCCUGCAGUUUCAUGCAGGUCAGGCCUGGGUGCCUGACACCCCCAAGAGGAUGAUUUCUCUCUUCCUGUUGCCCGCCUGUACUUUCCCAUCCCCGGGCCUUGAAGAUAACAUGUUAUGCCCUGAAUGUGCUAAGAGGAAUAAGAAGAUAAUGAAAAGAUUAAUUGCAAUGGGGAAGGAGAGGCGACGUGGCUUGAAUACAUCAACAUCUUUCCCUUUGAGUGGGCCAUAUUUUAAUAAAGAAUAA